GCAGUACACCCAUCUUUGUCAUCACUUCUCUUUUCGCUAAAAUCUCAGGACUCAGCAGUUUGUGGGUCCCAAUUACAAAUUUUGCUGCUCCCAAAUUAAUUCUCUCUUAAUUACUCUUUCAUUUCUUCAAAGAUCAAAUCUUUUCUAUUAUUUCAUCCUCCAUUAAAAAACCCCAUUCUUUUCUUUUUCCACAAAUAUCUGUUUUAUUUUUAUUUUUUGAAUUAAAGGUAAAGAAGGAGUCGGAUCAAUCACAAUUAAACUUUAAGAUAGUCUUUUGUGGUAAUGGCUAAGCAUGAUGAUAAUGAUGAACCUGAAUGGAUAAGAAGGAUAAAAUCAGAAGGUGCUGUUCCUUUGCUUGAACCUGACAACUGUCCCAAUGGUUGGGCUUCACCUUCCGGGGACAUAUUUAAGGUUAGGGGUCCAGAAUACUUUACAACUAAACUGAAGGUUCCUGCUGGGGAAUACCUUUUGAAGCCCUUGGGAUUUGAUUGGAUUAAAAGUUCUUCAAAGAUUUCUGAAGUCUUAAAAGAUCCAAAUAACCGCAUCAGAAAAGUACUUGACAAUGAAUUUCCAGAGGGAAACCAACCUUUUGUUUGGGCUUUUAAUCUUCAACUCCCAAGUAAAGAGAACUACAGUGCUAUUGCAUAUUUUGUGGCUACUGAACCAUGCCUAGAAGGUUCACUGAUAGAUCAAUUCAUUAAGGGGGGUGAUGGACUUCGAAAUUCAAGGCUUAAAUUAAUUGCAAAUAUUGUGAAAGGGCCCUGGCUUGUUAGGACAGCAGUUGGAGAACAGGCCAUCUGCGUUAUUGGGCGAGCCCUUUCCUGCAAGUAUUGUGUAGGAGAAAAGUUCUUAGAAGUGGACAUUGAUGUUGGCUCUUCAGUGGUUGCUAACGCUAUCGUUCAUCUAGCCUUUGGUUAUAUAACAUCACUAACAGUUGAUUUAGCAUUUCUUAUUGAGAGCCAAACUGAUGCAGAGCUUCCUGAGAGAAUCCUAGGGGCUUUUAGAUUCUCUGAACUUAACCCUGAUUCAGCCCAGUCAUUUGAAGCAUCAUCUGCUGCGAUCCCUAUUACUUCAUCCACGCCACCUGGUAUAAGUUUCUGGAAGUCACUUGGACAAGGCUUCACCAAUCUUCUUCAUCCAGGUGCUAGUGAAGCUGGUGCAGUUGCUGACGCUCCACAAGUGAAUGGAACUUCAGAUCACGCUGAUAAUGUUGAAAACACAAAAUCUACAUGAACCAGGUAGCUUUGAGGACUUCAAGCACAUUAUAAUGCUCAGGACAGUCGUGAACGAUUUGCGUGAUUGCAAUAAGGAUUCUACAUUCUCGUUGUCAUUGUUUGUUCUACAUGCUGAUUCUUUUUCAUAAUUCUGUCAACCUCCAUGUCAGAAUUCAGAUUUCUUUCAUUCAUUUAGCCCAGUCUAGGAUACAACUAUAGCUACAAAUCUUUUAUUGUUGAUUGUUUAUGUACAGUUUUAAAUUCUAAACAUAUAUCUCAGUUUAUGUGUAUGUCACUUAUAUUACCUGGUUUGUGGUUUCUUUUUAGAUUGAAUUCUCGCUUGUUUUACACAGUUUACUGAAUGAAGGACUGAAGGUUAUUUAGGAGUUUCAAGUUUUCAACUGGUGGCCAGUUGGUUGUGUUAUUCUUCAUACCAGUUAUCAGCUUACAGAUUUACAGAUCUUGCAUGGGAGCGGACCGGAUCUGAAAAUGACGAGUGGUCGAGUGGGAACUGUAGUAAGAUGAUGCUUUUCCAAAGUUGGAAACAUUACAUACUGAGAAAAUUUGUUUAGACAGUUUUGUUUGCUAAUAAAAUAAACUUAUUUUUUCCGUAA